CUCCCUCCUUCCCUCACAGCCGAGGAGGCAGCAAUUACGCUUUGGGGAUAAAACGAGGCGUGGAGAGCAGGCUGGGGCAUUUCUCCCCGAGAUGGCGGGUCCGACAGCUGCAGCUCUGCGGCCCGGAGUCCUCCUGCUCCUGCUGUCCAUCGUCCAGCCCGCACAGCCUGGAGGGGUCCCCGGGGCUGUUCCUGGAGUCAUUCCUGGAGUCGUUCCUGGAGGAGUUCCUGGAGGAAUUCCUGGAGGAGUUCCUGGAGGAAUUUAUUACCCAGGGACUGGUCUUGGAGGCCUGGGAGGAGGAGCACUGGGUCCUGGAGGCAAACCGCCCAAGCCAGGGGCCGGACUCCUUGGGGCAUUUGGGCCAGGUGCUGGAGGGCUUGCAGGAGGUGGCCUUGGGGCAGGGCUUGGGACCUUUCCUGCGGGCGCCUUCCCGGGUGCUGCAGUGCCUGGCGGAGCAGCUGGCGCUGCUGCAGCCUAUAAAGCUGCCAAGGCUGGUGCUGGGCUUGGCGGUGUCGGUGGGCUUGGCGGUGUCGGUGGGCUUGGCGGUGUCGGUGGUUUAGGAGUGUCUACAGGUGCCGUGGUACCUGGAGCAGGAGUUGGAGUUGGAGCUGGAGCGAAGCCUGGGAAAGUGCCAGGUGUAGGGCUUCCAGGUGUUUACCCAGGUGGAGUGCUCCCAGGCACAGGAGCUCGGUUCCCAGGUGUGGGGGUGCUCCCUGGGGUUCCCACUGGAACAGGAGUCAAGCCCAAGGCCCCAGGUGGAGGUGGAGCUUUUGCUGGAAUCCCAGGAGUUGGACCCUUUGGGGGUCAGCAGCCUGGAGUUCCACUGGGGUACCCUAUCAAGGCACCCAAAUUGCCAGGUGGCUAUGGACUGCCCUACAGCACUGGGAAACUGCCCUAUGGUUAUGGGCCUGGAGGAGUGGCUGGCGCCGGGGCCAAGGCUGGGUACCCAACGGGGACAGGGGUUGGCCCCCAGGCUGCAGCAGCAGCAGCUAAAGCAGCAAAGUAUGGUGCUGGAGGACCGGGAGUGCUCCCUGGUGUUGGUGUUGGAGGUGCUGGCAUUCCUGGCGGGGCUGGUGCAAUUCCUGGGAUUGGAGGCAUUGCAGGGGCCGGGACUCCAGCUGCUGCUGCAAAGGCGGCUGCUAAGGCAGCUAAAUAUGGAGCUGCUGGAGGCUUGGUGCCGGGUGCUCCGGGAGUUGGAGUCCCUGGUGUUGGGCUCCCUGGUGUUGGAGUUCCAGGCGUUGGAGUUCCAGGUGUUGGAGUCCCAGGUGUUGGAAUCCCAGGUGUUGGAGUCCCAGGUGUUGGGGUCCCAGGCAUCAUAGGUGGACCAGGGGCUGUGUCACCAGCUGCAGCUGCUAAAGCAGCUGCCAAAGCAGCCAAAUACGGGGCCAGAGCUGGAGUGGGAGUUGGAGGCAUUCCCACUUACGGGGUUGGUGCUGGGGGCUUUCCUGGCUUCGGUGGUCUCGGGCCUGGAGUCGGAGGUGUCCCUGGAGCCAUCCCUGGAGCCAUCCCUGGAGCUGGCAUUUCCCCUGCAGCUCAGGCAGCAGCCGCCAAGGCAGCUAAGUAUGGUGCUGGAGGAGCAGGAGCCCUAGGUGGGCUGGUGCCAGGAGCCGGAGGUUUAGUACCUGGGGUGCCAGGCGUUGGAGGGGUGCCAGGAGUAGGUACCCCAGCAGCUGCAGCCGCUGCGGCAGCCGCCAAAGCUGCCCAAUUUGGGUUAGGCCCCGGCGCUGGCGUGGGUCCCGGCAUUGGUAUUGGUCCCGGAGGUGUUACAGGAGCAGGGACCCCAGCUGCAGCCAAAUCUGCUGCUAAGGUGGCUGCCAAAGCCCAGCUCCGGGCGGCAGCUGGGCUUCCUGCCGGUGUUCCCGGAUUCGGAGCUGCUCCUGGAGUUCCUGGAUUUGGAGCUGCUCCUGGAGUUCCCGGAUUUGGAGUUGGUGCUGGGGUUCCAGGCUUUGGGGCAGGUGCAGUACCUGGAUCCCUGGCUGCCGCUAAAGCAGCCAAAUAUGGAGCAGGAGGGCCUGGGGCCCUUGGAGGGGUUGGGCCUUUUGCUGGAGUAGGUGUCCCAGGUGGUGUGGCAGGAGCUGGACCUGCUGCCUUGGCUGCUGCCAGCAAGGCUGCUGCCAAAGCUGCCCAGUUUGGCCUGGGAGGAGCCGGCGGGCUCGGAGCUGGAGGACUGGGAGUUGGAGGGCUUGGGGCUGUCCCAGGGGUUGGGGGCUUUGGAGGUGUGUCCCCAGCUGCAGCUGCUAAAGCAGCCAAAUAUGGUGCUGCUGGCCUUGGAGGUGUCUUAGGAGCCAGGCCCUUCCCGGGUGGAGGAGUUGCAGCAAGACCUGGCUUCGGGUUAUCUCCUAUUUUCCCAGGUGGCGGAGCUGGGGGCCUGGGAGUUGGUGGCAAACCUCCCAAGCCCUUCGGAGGGGCCCUGGGAGCCCUGGGAUACCAAGGUGGGGCCUGCCUGGGGAAAUCCUGUGGCCGGAAGAGAAAGUGAGCUUCCCGGGAUCCCUGACUCACGACCUCAUCAACGUUGGUGCUACUGCUUGGUGGAGAAUGUAAACCCUUUGUGACGCCCCCCCAACACCCCCUCCUAAGUCCCCAACCCUGGAGGGGACAGGGCUGGCCGGGUGGACAUGGAAAUCCACAGGACAAGGAAAUAAGAGAACGGUGGCCAAGUGGGCACCAGGAAGCCCCCGACUUCAGAGGCAAGGGGUGGUGGGCUUAGCCCCCUGCCCUCACCCCCUUCCCGCCCGGGAGCUCCCCCUCCAAACACUCUCCAUCUCCAGGGGAACUUGGUGCUAAGUGCUGGUGCUUUCAUCUUCUUGGGGGAGGGAGGAGGGAAGGACAGCCCUUCGGGGAAACCCCUCCUUGGGGCUCCUCUGAAAAUGGUGCGACACUUCCUGGGCAGUCCCACCUCCCCCUGCCCACCAGGACCCACCCUUGGCUGUGGCCCAGUUGGUACCCAAGCAUUGACAACCUCAAGCUGGAUUCCAUUACACCAUCUCUUGGCUCUCUUGGCCCCCCUCUCCCCACACCAAUCGCUAUUCCCCAUGUCUGAGGCACCUUCAGAUCAGAAGAACCCCAUUGGGAAUAGCCCUCUUGCUCUUGUGGAAUUCAUCCGCCCAUCCGUCCGUCUGUCCAUCCAUCCUUGUCACCAGUUUGGCCACCUGGCACCACUAGCUGGUCAGGUAUCCCACCAUCAACCUGGUGAACCUGUCAGGGCAGCCUAUGUCCUGCCUCUGCCCCACCACAUACACCCCUAUGAAGGGGCCUAGGGUGUGAGGGGCUGUGCCAGCUGGGGCGGCAGGAAUCUCCCCCCCAACCUGGGUCACCCCCACGCAGUACUGUAUCCCCCAUCCCUCCCUUGAGCCACUGUACUUCACAGCAUUUCCCACCCCUGCCCUGCCCAUCUCUUUGUGUCUCGCUGUGAUAGAUCAAUAAAUAUUUUAUUUUUUGUCCUGGA